AUGAAAUUAAAAGAAUGCUUACCCCCAGUACAGAUCCAGUUGGUCAACCACAUACUUUUACGAGAGGUCUAUCAGUCUAGGAAUGCCGAGAUAUGGUUUGACUUUGGAGGUAAAAUGUUUCGUUUUGGGAUAGAGGAGUUUGCCCUCAUAACCGGACUUAAGUGUAUCGGUUCUUGCAAGAAGCUGAAUAUCCCAAAAGUCAAGCAAGGCCUCUACGACAAGUAUUUUGCUAAGGUUGGGCUAAGUCGUAACUGCAUCAGGUGGCAGUUUUUAAAAAGGUCAUGGAAGUCCGACGAUGACGCUGUGAAAUUUGCUAAGCUCCAUUUACUAGCAAAUUUCCUAAUGGGAUCGCAGGACUCGCAUCGUCUGGACAGAUGCUACCUUGACGUUAUUGAUGGCUCAGACUUUGAUGAAUACCCGUGCGGUAUUGAUGUUUUUGAGUUUACAUUCCAAUAUCUGAAGAAGUCCAUUCGAAAUAGGCAACAGAUGCACAACAAUGUGAGGACAGAUGGUGCAGGUUACCUCUACCGAUGUUAUGGACUUAUAAUCGCUCUUCAGAUAUGGUUCUAUGAAAUUUGCAACACUGCGUAUGGCAUAGUAUGCACAUCACUCGGAGGCCAACCUAUACCUAGAUUGCUCAAGUGGGAAAUACGGGACAGCUACAACCGCCUUUUUAUCGAGAGGGUGUUCUCAAAUUUGGAUUCAAGCAAGGUUAUUGCUGACCUUGAACUCUUCAAGGAGACAUUCAAUGUCGGUAUCGAGGCUAGUGCAUGUGCAAUCAUGGAGAAAACAGAUUCUAUCACACCUCAUGGACCAGACAAAGCAGCCGAGGUUUACUAG